AUUGUAAGUGUAGGUACUUCGUCAGUCGUCCUGUUAUUUGUUAGUUGAUUCCUAUUUCCACGUUGGACUAGUGUAAAAUAGCAUAACAUUAAAUGGUGUUUUAUAACUAAACAGUUAAUAAUAAAUAAAUCAGUAAUAAUGGCUCAGACUCAAACGGUCGCAACACCUGUUAAAGAGCGAUAUAUUCCAAAUGGAUUGAAAUUUGCCUUCGGUGGUCUUGCAGGCAUGGCCGCCACGUGUGUAGUGCAACCUUUGGAUUUGAUCAAGACUCGAAUGCAAUUGAGUGGUGGGGGUCGGUCGUCGUUUACUGUGGCCGGCGAGAUCAUAGCCAGAGAGGGUUUUGUGGCCUUGUAUGCUGGGCUAUCUGCGGGUUUGCUGCGACAAGCGACGUACACUACUACACGUCUUGGUGUAUAUAGCUGGCUCUUUGAUUCUUAUAAAGAGAAGCAUGGGGGCGAAGCGCCGGGCUUCGCCAUGAAAACGGCCCUAGGUAUCGCGGCUGGGUCCAUCGGUGCCUUCGUUGGGACACCCGCUGAGGUGGCGCUGAUUCGUAUGACAGCUGACGGAAGACUGCCGGCGGAACAACGAAGAAACUACAAAAAUGUCAUGGAUGCGUUGUUAAGGAUAAUUCGCGAAGAAGGUGUCCUGAAACUGUGGAGGGGGGCGACCCCCACAGUGGGCCGGGCCAUGGUGGUGAACGCGGCGCAACUCAGCACGUACUCACAGGCGCGCGAAAUGUUUGUGGGCUAUGUACCGGACGGUAUAACUCUACACUUCUGCGCGUCUAUGGUCUCCGGGUUGGUCACCACGAUCGCGUCUAUGCCCGUCGAUAUCAUCAAAACGAGGAUACAAAACGCGGCUAAGGGGCAGAGCCAAAUGGCCGUGGUGACGAACCUGCUCCGCAACGAAGGCGUCCUGUCGCUGUGGAAGGGCUUCCUGCCGUACUACGCGCGGCUCGGCCCGCACACUGUGCUCACUUUUAUAUUCCUCGAGCAGUUGAACGCUGCUUACUUUAAAUAUUUGUAAAAAAAAAAAUGUUAAAAAAAGUAAAAAUAAAAAAAUGGGGGGGGGGGGGGAUAGACAAUAACAUGUUGUAUAAAAAAUAUUUCUUUAAGAGUAACAUCAUAAACAAUUUCAUGAUUUAAGUUACCGAAUACUGAAUUAAAAAAACGGAAUUAGAAUUAUAUACGUGUAUGAAAUAAAAAUUGUUGCUUCCGUAACGCUUCGGUGUCGCCUUCGCUUCGCUUCGCUUUGAAGAUCAGAUCUUUGUUUUAUGAAUAUGGUCAUAGCUGUUUUGUUAUGUUAAUAAUAUGAGAUAUUAAAUCGAAUAUGUGUGGAAAAGGUAGUUCCUCAAAUUCAAACUGAGGUUAAGACAUUAGUGUUUUUUUUUAGUAUCAUCAUAUAAAGCAGCUUACAAACAAUUACAUGAAUUUAAAGAGUUUGUUUGUACGGGGCAAUCUCAAGAACUGUAGCGAUUUUAAAAAAUAUUUCACCGUUCUAUAUGUAAGUGAUCACUUAGUGCUAGGGUAUAUAUGUACCACGGGCGAAGCCGAGGCGGACCUUAUGUACAUAAAAGAAGUCUUUGUGCUUGAAAAAUUAAUUGUUACACAUAUAUUAUUAUAUACGUUUAUAAUAAAACAAACAGAUAAGCAAUUUUUCUCUAAGGAAUGAAUCGUAAUUUUUUUUUAACUAAACGAUUGUAAUCUCUUAGUUCUUUUUUUUAGUACAAUUAGGUUUUAGAAUGCAAUAUUUCCUAUCCAUUUUUUUUUUGUUAUUUUUUAUGUGAUUGCACAAUGUUUGCUCACAUGCAAAAAUGCUAUGUCUAUAUUUAACUCGUGCCAAAAUAACUGCCAUGAUUCUUCCAAAUGUGAAAUGGGUAUGUUUUUUGGUUAAUAUAAGGAGUACAUCUUUUUCAAAAAAAAGUACAUUUUUUUAGAUUAUUUUCGGUCUAUUCAUUCAAAAUCAUAAUCAUAAUUAUAAUCAUUAUCAUUUAUUCAUUAAAAUUACUUUAUCUAGAAUUAUUUUUAUAUUUUGAAUGGAUGAACGCACAAUUGAUUUUUUUAUAGUAUGAAUUUAUGAGUUAUUGUUAACCAACAUCUCAUUAUAGAAUUUUGUAUGAUUUUAUAAGCAUUUUUAUACGCUAAUAUUGUCAAGGCAUUGUGUAUUUUAAUACAUUGUGUUAAAAAUCACAGUUGCAAUCAACUCGCAAAAAAAUUAUACAUAUAUAAUUGUGAGUCUCUCUCACUCUUAUAUGGUUAGAAAGAGAGAGCAUCAUUUGCAUUGAACAGUCGAUGUAAUCGAUAUUUUGUUAAAACCAAAUAGUUUAAGGAUACAAGUUGUUUUUCUAUACUUUUAAGUUUGAAAAUAUUUUGUAAUUUAUUGUUUUUUUUUGUUAUUUUUUCUUUAAUAAACAAGCAAGCAAGCAAGCUAUAUAUAGAUGAAAAUAGUAAUCCAUGUUCUUUAAGGCUUAGAUACUAUAAAUGUAAGAAAUAAUUAAUCAAAAUACGCGACACGGCCUUGUGAUAUAGUUAUUAUAUAAAUUCCAUAUAUAUUUUUAUAGAAACAAUUUUGUGUGACUAACUUAUAUACUGGAAAUAAAUUGUUAUAAAAUAAA